CUGGAGCCUUUCCCCGCCACACCCCUCCGUCCCAGUCCCAGGCCACCCGAGUGACCCAUGGCUGCGGCGACAGCCCCGCAAGGGUGGCAGUGGGGAGAGCCACGCGCGCUUGGCCGGGCAGUAAAGUUGCUCCAGCGCCUGGAAGAGCAAUGCAGUGAUCUCAGGCUGUUCGUGGGGCCCCCGUCGCUACGGGACCUGCUACCCCGCACCGCACAGCUACUUCGAGAGGUGGCAAAAGCCCGGAGCGAUAAGACCAGGGGAGACCCCGAGGGUCCCGGUGGCGCCGGUGAUUUUCUGGUCAUCUACCUGACCAACCUGGAGGCCAAAGGCAGGCAGGUGGCCGAGCUCCUGCCACACCGCGGCAAAAAGGACGCGAACCAGGAUGUUUUCCGGGAGGGCUCCAGAUUCAGGCGACAACUAGCCAAGCUGGCCCUCAUCUUCAGUCACAUGCACGCGGAGUUGAGCGCACUCUUCCCUGAGGGCAAGUACUGUGGGCACCUGUACCAGCUCACCAAGGGCUCUGCCAACACCUUCUGGAGGGAGAAUUGUGGAGUUCGGUGCGUGCUUCCCUGGGCUGAGUUCCAGUCCCUCCUGUGCUCCUGCCACCCUGUGGAACCAGGCCCCAUCAUGCAGGCCUUGCGGUCCACCUUGGACCUCACCUGCAGCGGCCACGUGUCUGUCUUUGAGUUCGACAUCUUCACCAGGCUCUUCCAGCCGUGGCCCACUUUACUGAAGAAUUGGCAACUCCUGGCUGUCAACCAUCCUGGCUACAUGGCCUUCCUCACCUACGAUGAGGUCCAAACACGUCUGCAGGCCUACAGGGACAAACCGGGCAGCUAUAUCUUCCGGCCCAGCUGUACCCGCCUAGGGCAGUGGGCCAUUGGGUACGUGAGCUCCGAUGGAAGCAUCCUACAGACCAUUCCUCUCAACAAGCCUCUGCUCCAGGUGCUCCUGAAAGGACAAAAGGACGGCAUCUUCCUCUACCCUGAUGGAAAGAACCACAACCCAGAUUUGACUGAGCUCUGCCGUGCAGAACUGAACCAGUGCAUCCAAGUGUCACAGGAACAACUGCAGCUCUACCAAGCCAUGAACUCCACCUUUGAGCUGUGCAAGAUCUGCGCAGAGAGGGACAAGGACGUGAGAAUUGAGCCCUGUGGGCAUCUUCUCUGCAGCUGCUGCUUGACUGCCUGGCAGCACUCAGACAGCCAGACCUGUCCCUUCUGCCGCUGUGAGAUCAAAGGCCGAGAGGCCGUGAGUAUCUGUCAGGCACAGGAGAGGUCAAUGGAGGUCAGGACUGCUGCAGGUGACUCAGGAGACAACUGUCACCAGGAAGCUGCCGAGUGGAAACUGGAACCGGUGACUCCUUCUGCUCCCCCACUGCCCCCUGAAGAUCCAUGCCCUCAGAGACCCCAAGACAAAGGCUGGCUGACACUGGCUCCGUUCGCCCUGCCCAGACUCCGACCUCCACUUCCUCUCCCCAAAGUGGCGUCCGUUCUGUGGGAAGUCACCUCCAGGCCCCAGGUCAGGGAGGGGGCCACAGAGUAA